CCGAGACGAUAAACGACAUUCUAUACAAAUCUCGUGAAUCUUUUACAAACUUUACAGAGAUCCGCAAAGCGAUCGAACAACGAGCAAAUCUCACGCCGCAAGAGAAAUCAUGGCUACUGAAAUUCCUGUACGAGAAAGAAGAAUUGGAUAAUUUGACAUUGCAGCAAGGCGAGAAACAUUAUUGUAGUUUAUGUAAUCACCAUCAUUACUCGACUAUCUAUUGUGAUAAUUGUAUGAAGGAGUUGCUAAGAAACGGAUUUGAAGAGUGGACGAGCGGGAAUCAGAUGAUUGAUCAAUUUAUACAACGGUGUCAGAUGGAAAAACCAAUACCGAAAUUUAUUAUUGAGUGGAUCCCGUUUGAGGAUUUUACGGGGGUGCAGUUUAAAACCAGAGGUGGAUUCGGCGAGAUUUACACUGCUACGUGGAAGCGUGGCAGAAUUUUUGGGUGGGAUAAAGGUCGAGGAGCUUUCAUUCGACAGCCAAAUAUUUCCGUAGUAUUAAAGAGCCUAUUUCAGAAGCCCGAUGAAGAUUUUUUCAAAGUGGCUGAAACGCAUUUAAGCAUGAAAGGAGAUACUAGAUUUAUUGUAGAAUGCUAUGGAUUGAGUCGCAAUCCAACAACCGGAAAUUUCAUAAUAGUAAUGGCAUAUAUGGAACAAGGUGACUUGCGCAACUAUCUACAUAAACAUGCAGAAACAUUAACCUGGAAAGAGAAACUCAUGAUAAUAUCCCAACUGUCAAACGACCUCUCAAGAAUACACCAAAAAGGUCUAAUACACGGAGAUCUACACUCCGGUAACAUCCUGCGCAGCAAUCUAGGUACCAACCGUAUAAGCGAUCUGGGAUUCUGUGGGCCACCACAAAAACUACCUCCUGGAAGCGUAUUCGGGAUCAUACCCUACAUGGCGCCAGAAGUGUUACGCGGUGGCCCACUGACCGAGAAAGCAGAUAUUUAUAGUCUAGGGAUGAUUAUGUGGGAAAUCACAGCUGGGUGUCCACCAUUUCUCGAUCGUGCUCAUGAUGUCCAGUUGAUGAUUGAGAUUUGUGAUGGCGUCAGGCCACUGAUAUUAUCCGGUACGCUAGAAACGUAUGCGAAAUUAAUGCGAAGUUGUUGGCAUUCAGAUAAAGAUCAGAGACCAAGUGCCAGUGAAGUGAAGGAAUUUGCGGAUUCUGCGCUAAAAAAGAUUUAUAUCGAGUCUUCGUCGUCGUCAUCGUCAACUUCAUCCGAAGAAAAAAUAACAGAGAAUUUAUCAGUUACGACACCGUCAAUUAAGUUCGAGAGACCAACGCAAAAUCCGUCAGCGUUUCUUUGCAGUCAAGUUAUUGAUACGCAUAGUGUGAGCUCACAAUUCGAAAGUCGUGCGGAUUCACUGUCUGUUAAAUCAAUAGGAUCAAUGGCACAAAAUCCAUCACCUUUAUUAUCGCCAACGCAAUUUCAAAAAUCCCAUGAACCCUUAACACUGAAUAUGAUUCCAACACCUUCCCCACUUCUCAUCCCAAUUCCUUCACCUUCUUCACCAUUUGUAUCAUCACCGACUGCUUCGAUCACCGCCAACUCUUACACCCCAAAAAGUCGUGCAACAAAACUGCUACCUUUUAUGAGUUUCGAUGAAUCCGAUGACGAAGACAACGAUAAUCUUGCUGUUGAAGAGAAAUCGCUGCCGAUACCUACAGUUGAGCAAAAGAAACAGCAACCAACUAAUGCUAGGAAAUUUGAUGUUUCGAAUCAUUCUCUAAAUUCGACAGAAUCAUCGAAUUUGCAUGACAGUAAUCAAACAUCAAGCUCGCAAAAUGAAUCCAAAUCAGUUGAAUUACAAUUUCCGAAUAAUUUAGAAGAACACAAUAAUAGCUCAUUGAAACCAAGAAAGUCUCCACUUCCAUCACCACUUAACAUAAAACAGAUUCAAAAUUCAAUUAACAACGACAUGCACAAACUUAAUCACGAAACUUCAGUUCAAAUUCCUCUUGUUUCGUCGCCACGAAUCGCUCCCACCAAUGCAGCCCCAACGAUUGAUAAUCGUCGGCGCGGUUCGUCGAAUGUUUUGCCACCAAAUCCAUAUGGCUACUCGGUUGGAACUUCCAAUGAAAUUAACGCGCCUUAUCAUCCAUUAAAUUCCAAUCCUAUGUACCAUUUAUUAUCUUCACCAACCUCCUCUCAACCCGAUAUUUCAAGACGAAGUUCUUCAUCUCAUCGUGGAUCAGUUAAUAGCCAAGACUCUCCACUAUUCGGGCCCGCUCUCCCACGAAUGUAUCAACCCCCUCCCAACAAUAAUAUCAACAAUAGAUCAAGAUCAACUUCCGUCGUCUCUAGCUCCACUAUACAAAGCAGUCCAUUAUCGCCUGGAUUGACCAUCAAUAAUAAUAAUAUUACUCCUCUUCAACAAUUUAUCCUUAAUGAAGCCGAGGCGGAAGAACAUAGAAUCAGCAACGAUCCAGCUGAAGAAAUGAAUAAAUUGAUCAAAGAAUUGGAUAGGGCAAGACCAAAGCCGCCAAAAAUGUCUUGGAAAGCUAAUGAUGCAGAAGACUCCGAAUACCAAUAUGAACCGCCAAGUCCAGGCACCAAUAAUGAAGUAAUCGAUACGGAAUAUUUGGACAAUUCAUCAGUUGCUUCAAGCUCGAAUGCAGCACAGUCACGUCCAAAUAUUCACGAAACACUCACAAAUGCAAAUGCAUCGACACAAUCAUCCGCGAAUACAAAUCAUCUUAACGCACAAACGUCACAAAAUACUGAAGCUCAGCAUUACCGAAAUACAUUUCCCACUUCUCCGCAUGGAACAAUAUUGAUUCCUCAACAUCCACCAUCAUCACCACACAUGCAAUUCAAUCAACACCUACAAUAUCAGCAAACAAAGCGUACUUCCGCGCCGGUAAUAAUGACUAUUAAUUCUGCGAAUCCUGGAAUGGUGCCGCAUGCACAACCGUAUGCUCCUCCGAUGAUGUAUCAUCCGCAUCCGGGAAUGCUGAGUGAUUUUCGAAUGCAACCGCCUCUUGACGUUGUAUCCGAGCAAGUCCAAUCUUCAUCAGCAUCAAUAAAUACCCAAUAUACCGAUCCUGGAGAAUUACCUGAUAAUACUACUGUUGGCCGGGCCAAGAGUAGUAGUGACAAAAACACUAAAAUCGGAUUGCGUGCCAAGUUCGGUGUCUUCACGGCACUGGAAGCAAGAAACUCCCAAGCUAAGAAUAAAGAUCUUGCACACCAAUGCGGUGAAACCACAACUUCGUAUAUUCCCAAGGAUUCUACAAAGUGGUUGGCAGCAAAAAAAGAAAAUCGUCCGUUAUGUUAUUUCGCUCUGCUAGAACGACAAAUCCAAUCUAAAGUUAAUGCUGUGGCAGCUAUAUAA